GCCGGCCCACUCCCCCUCCGGGCUUCCACCCGCCCUCUCUCCCUCGCUCAUUUCGCCCGCCCAGGCCCUGCCCCUACCCCUAGCCCUGCCCCGUCUUCUCCGCCCCUCCGCGCCCGGGGUGUCAUUGGACUAGGGAGACGCAAGCCAACUUAAGGCUGCUUGGAGGAAGCCCGUGCAGUCACCUGGGUGCAAGAGCAUUGCCGCCUCCGGCUCUCCCGCUGCAAGGGGAGCGGCACUCGCUGGCCUGGAUGUGGUUGGAUUUAGGGGGGCUCCGCAGCAGGAGUGUCGUAGCGUUGGCGAGUGCUGCAACAGGUAGACGCCUGGAGACGGACCCCGGCCGAGACAGCUAUGGAGACCAAAGGCUACCACAGUCUCCCUGAAGGUCUAGAUAUGGAAAGACGGUGGCGUCCAGUUUCUCAGGCUGUGGAGCACUCUUCCCUGGGACCUUCAGAGAGGACCGAUGAGAAUAAUUACAUGGAGAUUGUCAACGUAAGCUGUGUUUCCGGUGCUAUUCCAAACAACAGUACUCAAGGAAGCAGCAAAGAAAAACACGAACUACUCCCUUGCCUUCAGCAAGACAAUAAUCGGGCUGGGAUUUUAACAUCUGAUAUUAAAACCGAGUUGGAAUCUAAGGAACUUUCAGCAACUGUAGCUGAGUCCAUGGGUUUGUACAUGGAUUCCAUCAGAGAUGCUGACUACACCUUUGAUCAGAUCCAACAAAGAAGCAUGAGUCCAGCAAAGAUUUAUCAAAAUGUGGAACAGCUGGUGAAAUUUUACAAAGAAAAUGGCCACUGUCCUUCCACGCUAGGUAUGAGCAGGCCCUUGAGAUCAUUUAUGUCCGACUCUGGGAGUUCCGUGAAUGGUGGGGUCAUGCGCACCAUUGUCAAAAGCCCUAUCAUGUGUCAUGAGAAGAACCCGUCUGUUUGCAGCCCUCUGACCAUGACGCCUUCAGUCUGCAGCCCUGCUGGGAUCAGCUCUGUGUCCUCCACCUCGGCUAGCUUUGGCACUUUCACAGUGCACAGCCCCGUCACCCAGGGGACUCCCUUGACAUGCUCCCCAAAUAUUGAGAAUCGAGGUUCCAGGUCGCACAGCCCAGUACAUGCCAGCAACGUGGGCUCUCCUCUCUCAAGUCCAUUAAGUAGCAUGAAAUCCCCAAUUUCCAGCCCUCCGAGUCACUGCAGCGUGAAAUCUCCAGUGUCCAGUCCUAAUGUCACUCUGCGAUCCUCUGUGUCUAGCCCGGCGAAUAUCAACAACUCAAGGUGCUCUGUUUCCAGCCCUUCCAACACAAAUAACAGGUCUACACUUUCCAGUCCAACCGCGAGUACUGUGGGAUCUAUCUGUAGCCCUGUAAACAAUGCCUUCAGUUACACUGCUUCGGGCACCCCUUCAGGAGCCACUGGAGCCCGGGAUGUGGAUCCCAUUCCAGACACACACGAGAAAGGUGCUCAAGAGGUCCCCUUUCCUAAGACCGAGGAAGUAGAGAAUGCCAUCUCCAACGGGGUGACGGGCCAGCUUAAUAUUGUCCAGUACAUAAAACCGGAGCCGGAUGGAGCCUUUAGCAGCUCGUGUCUAAGAGGAAAUAGCAAAAUAAACUCUGAUUCCCCGUUCUCAGUACCAAUAAAACAAGAAUCCACCAAGCAUUCGUGUUCAGGCACCUCUUUUAAAGGGAAUCCGACGGUAAACCCAUUUCCAUUCAUGGAUGGCUCGUAUUUUUCCUUUAUGGAUGAUAAAGACUACUAUUCUCUAUCAGGAAUUUUAGGGCCACCUGUGCCUGGCUUCGAUGGUAACUGUGAAGGCAGCGGCUUCCCCAUGGGGAUUAAACAAGAACCAGAUGAUGGGAGCUAUUACUCCGAGGCCAGCAUCCCUUCCUCUGCCAUCGUUGGUGUGAAUUCAGGUGGACAGUCCUUUCACUAUAGGAUUGGUGCUCAAGGUACAAUCUCUUUAUCACGAUCAGCUAGAGACCAAUCGUUCCAACACUUGAGUUCCUUUCCUUCUGUCAGUACAUUAGUGGAGUCGUGGAAAUCUCACGGUGACCUGUCAUCUAGAAGAAAUGAUGGCUACCCAGUCCUAGAAUACAUUCCAGAAAAUGUAUCAAACUCUACAUUACGAAGUGUUUCUACUGGAUCCUCAAGACCUUCCAAAAUAUGUUUGGUGUGUGGGGACGAGGCUUCAGGAUGUCACUAUGGAGUCGUAACCUGUGGCAGCUGCAAAGUGUUCUUCAAAAGAGCAGUGGAAGGGCAACACAACUAUUUAUGUGCUGGAAGAAAUGAUUGCAUCAUUGAUAAAAUCCGACGGAAGAAUUGUCCUGCCUGCAGACUUCAGAAAUGUCUUCAAGCUGGAAUGAAUUUAGGAGCUCGAAAGUCAAAGAAGCUGGGGAAGUUAAAAGGCAUUCACGAGGAACAGUCUCAGCAGCAACAGCCCCCACCGCCACCCCCGCCCCCACAGAGCCCUGAGGAAGGCACCACCUACAUCGCGCCCACAAAGGAGCCCUCCGUCAACACAGCGCUGGUUCCUCAGCUCACGACCAUUUCACGAGCGCUCGCACCUUCCCCCUCGAUGGUCCUUGAAAACAUCGAACCCGAGGAUGUGUAUGCAGGCUAUGACAACUCAAAACCAGACACCGCCGAAAACCUGCUCUCCACUCUAAACCGCUUAGCAGGCAAACAGAUGAUUCAAGUCGUGAAGUGGGCAAAGAUAAUUCCAGGAUUUAAAAACUUGCCUCUUGAGGACCAAAUUACCCUAAUCCAGUAUUCUUGGAUGUGUCUAUCAUCGUUUGCCUUGAGCUGGAGAUCCUACAAACAUACGAACAGCCAAUUUCUCUAUUUUGCACCAGACCUAGUCUUCAAUGAAGAGAAGAUGCAUCAGUCUGCCAUGUAUGAACUAUGCCAGGGGAUGCACCAAAUCAGCCUUCAGUUCGUUCGACUGCAGCUCACCUUUGAAGAAUACACCAUCAUGAAGGUUUUGCUGCUGCUAAGCACAAUUCCAAAGGAUGGCCUCAAAAGCCAGGUUGCAUUUGAAGAAAUGAGGACAAAUUACAUCAAAGAGCUGAGGAAGAUGGUAACUAAGUGUCCCAACAGUUCUGGACAGAGCUGGCAGAGGUUCUACCAACUGACCAAGCUCCUGGACUCCAUGCACGAUUUGGUGAGCGACUUGCUGGAGUUUUGCUUCUAUACCUUCCGAGAGUCGCAAGCCCUGAAAGUGGAGUUCCCCGCGAUGCUGGUGGAGAUCAUCAGCGACCAGCUGCCAAAGGUGGAAUCCGGGAACGCCAGGCCCCUUUACUUUCACAGGAAGUGACGGAAGAUGUCUUACCAGAAGAACUUUGCCUUAAGUUUCCUUGUGUAAUUCCACACCCACGAAGGACCCAAGAAAUCAUAUUUUUACCAUAUGAUGGUUGAUUCACCCUUGUUCAACAGUUUCUCAAGUUUAAAGUCACGUCAAGGGUUUGGAGCCCAGAAAGCAGUCAGACGUGGAUUUGGCGAGACCCGAACAGUCCAAAGGAUUCCUCCCUCUCCAGUCUCCCUGACUCCCCCACCCCUCCACCCCCAGUGCUUAGAAACACGUUCCUGUUCCUCUGGAUGAAAAGCCAUAUCUAGUCAAAUAACUCUCUGAUUUUGAUAUUUUAACAGAUGGAAGUUUUAACUAUGCCAUGUAGUUUCUGGUAUUGUUCGCUUGUUUUCAAAGGGUUCAAGGACUAAUGGACUUUGUAAAGCUUACCCUUGGUUUGCACAUAAAACGUAUAGUCUAUAUGGGGCAUUAAUAUUCUUUUGUUAUUUAAAAAACACACAAAAAAAGAAAAAAGUCUAUACAGAUUCCUGUUGUGUACUAAGAUCACGUGGUGGGGAACAGCGCCCCCCUUGGCUCUUGCCCGCCUUCCUCUGCAUCUCUGGUAUCCACACCCUUUAGCGUCCAUUUAUUAUUUAAUUAGAAUGGAUAAGAUGUUAAAACAAAUGCCUUGGUUUUACUUUCUAGUAUCUAUUGUGUUGGCUUUACAGAUCAUUUUUUUGCAGUCUUUUGCUGUGCUGUACAUUACUGUAUGUAUAAAUUGUGAAGGACCUGAAAUAAGGUAUAAGGAACUUUUUGUAAAUGAGACAAAAAAAAAAAAAAAAAAAAAAAAACUUCAAUGGUUAAUAGAAUGAAUGGGAAAGUAUUUUUGAAAGAAUUCUAUUUUGCUGGAGACUAUUUAAGUACUAUCUUUGUCUAAACAAACACAGUAAAAAAAAUUUUUUUUUGUAAAGUGAAAUGUUCUGCAUGCCUAAUGAACCGUUUACAGUGUAUUUAAGAAAGGGAAAGCUGUGCCUUUUUUUAGCUUCAUAUCUAAUUUACCAUUUUACAGUCUCUGUUGUAAAUAACCACACUUCAAACCUCUUCGGUUGUCUUGAAGCCUUUCCACUUCACCUGUACUUUUCGUUCUGUCCUUGGUCUCCCGCGUGGGGUGUCCGUGGGACGUGAGCACGUUUUCCCGCCUCUGCUUCAUCCUGCUUCCAUCGCGGUACAGCAUGCUGGGCUGUCUGCAGCUCCCUGAAGGUGUCCCUUUGACAACCCACGCGUGGGAGAAGGUCGUGGAAGCGUGCGGCGUUAGGAACGCUGCCUCCUUUCCCUCCAGAAGCAGAACCUGCUCUAGGCGAGUGAGACUGUGGAAACACAAGAGCUCAGCGAGCCUGUGCUCAUCCCAUUUUAGAAAAUUGAAUUUUCUCCUUUGGGGGGGAAAAAGUCCACGCACUCUGCACAUCUGUAAAAGGUGACAUGUUCGCGUCUUGUCUUGGAAAGGGGUUUUGCACUCCUGGAACCAGUCACGGGAACACGUAGGUCUUGACAGGGUGUACCGGGAAGAGGCACGUUGCCUCGGUUCCAUCAGACGGGCGUGGAGACCGCACGAUCAUUAGAGGGUUUUUAGAUUUUUAAAGGGUAGGUUUUAACAACUAAUUUUAUACAGUUUUGGAGGAAAAAAACAAAACAAACUACAGAUCAUAUAAGCGAGACAGGGGCACUACAAUUUGUAAUUAAUUAAUCUGUUUGGCACUGAUGCCAUUUAUGGCUUUUCUCUUGCGCCCCCCCCACCCCACCCCACCCCCGAUCACAGACAUUUAUCUCUGGGGAAACUUAACAAUGUGAUUGCACUACAUAAACUGCUUUGAAUAGAGGCCAAAUUAAUCUUUUAAAAGUGAUGAUAAUCAUCAGGGACUCAGUGUAAGUCGCAUUAUUUUCCAAAACCUAAAAAUCGUAGCCGGAGAAGCCCCAGGCCAGGAGAAGGCAGCACUGGGAUGCACACUUCUCUCCAGGGUUCACCAUGCAGGCAACAUUAACUUGUCUUUCCAAAGACACCUGCCUUACGCAAGGGGAAACCUGUGAACGCUGCACUUGGUGGGAGGAGUUCUUACCUAAUUUGCAAUUUCAAGAAUUUAAUUUCUAGGCCAAUCUUUAAAUACAGCCAACCGUACUUACAUGCACAGCAAUAUGAAAGCCACAUUCGGAAGGUGACCGAUACACAGCAUGCAGACUGGGAGUUUCUAGAAAAGAAAUGGCGUACACAA